AGAUUGAAUCUUUGAUGGAGAAAACCAAGGAUCAUGAGUUUGAAGAUGGUUUUCCGACAAGAUCGACUUCCUUGUCCGAACCUUCUAGCCCAUCUCGGAGUCCCUCCUCCUCAGAUCACUCCCUUCCCUUCACCGAAAAUGAGGAGGUAGCUGCAGCUGGGAGGAAUCAGAAGAUGAAGAAACUGGAGAGGAAGGGAACCAGUUUUGCUUACAGAGUUCGCGAACACGUGAAGAUGGGGCCAAAAUUAUCAGAAACAGUGAAGGGGAAGCUGAGCGUUGGAGCGAAAAUAAUAAAGAAAGGGGGAAGAGAGAAUAUAUUCAGAGACAUAUUUGGAGUGAGUGAUGGAGAGAAGUUGCUGAAAGCAUCUCAGUGUUAUCUGUCAACAACUGCAGGCCCAAUUGCUGGGAUUCUCUUCAUCUCCACACACAAACUCUCUUUCUGCAGUGAAAGAUCCAUCACCGUCCACUCCUCUUCCGGCGGCCUUAUCAGGAUUCCUUACAAGGUUUCGAUUCCGAUGAAGAAGAUCAAGGCAGCAAAUGAGAGUGAGAAUGUUAACAAUCCAACGCACAAGUAUAUAGAGAUUGUGACUCAAGAUGAUUAUGAGUUUUGGUUCAUGGGAUUUGUGAGGUAUGAGAAGGCUGUGCUCAAUCUUCGAAGGGCUAUUUCCAUGUCCAACUAGAUUCACAUAUAUACGAGUCGACAUUCUCAAUCUUCAGUUUUGGAAAUUAAAUGUUUUAGGAUUCUCAAUUUUCAACAUUUUGUUUUCGGAUUGAUGUGAUGCGUGUGGUUAGAUUUUUCUUUUAAGGGUAGCUUCUGUGAGUUUGAUGAAAUGCAAUAUGUACAAAGUCGUCUUCUUGUGGGAUAUGCAUAUGCUGAUAUGCUGAAGAAAAGUCAUACAAAUUUAUUUA